AUGUCGUCCAGUUGCCUCCCUUUCUCACUCGCUUUCUCCUCUCCACCUUCCACAGGCAUCGCGAAUGCGGUCUUUUUCGCGGUUCCCCGCGACGCCUACCUCCUGGACAAAGUGAUCGCCGCCGAACUGGGCAGUCUGAGCAAGCUUGCCGAAAAGAAGAUGCUACUGCGCAGGAUAUGCUGGCAGCAUCGGUUGUGCCUGGAGAAACGCAAACCGGCCUUCACGGACUUUAUUUUCCAUCAG